AGCGGGGAUUUGAUCGUUAAAUCGGGCUUAACGCAAAGCCAAAGCUAGUUCAACGGAUAAGCUUUUAAGCUUUCACAAAGCUUGGUCUCCUCCCAACAAGGCAGCUUUUUUUUUUUUUUUUUUACAGGCGACUGUAAGAAAUAAAAAAAUGACGGCCGGUUUCAGUAAUCCUGAAUUCGACGGUCAAUUCUGGCGAAUUCUCAGGCUGUUCUGAGAUUUUCCUUUUUAAAAUUUUUUUUUUCUCUGGUUCGGAAGCAAGAAUUACGGCAAUCUGAGUUAAAGGAAGGAAGAAAGAUGAAGGAAGACAAGACGGAUAAUACGAAUAACUCUGUGGUUGUAUCGACGGAUCCACAGAUUGUGACGGCGUCGGAGAACGGGAGAGAGACGACGGAAACGGAGGACGACAAGAGACGGCAACAGAGCAGCAGUAGCCACAAGAAACGCUCCAAGAACUGGACCCGUCAAGAGACGCUGCGUUUGAUUCGACUCCGUUCAGAACUUGAGCCAAGAUUUGCGAGAAGCGGCCGAAAGUCUGAGCUUUGGGACGAAAUUUCUGUGGGUUUGCAGGGGGAAAAUAUUUGCCGUGACGCCCAGCAGUGCAGGGACAAGUGGGAGAAAUUGACGGCCGGCUACAAGGAAGUCCGUGACGGCCUCAAGAGCCGUCACGAUAACCCCUUCUUUGACGACCUCCAUCCCCUGCUCUCAGCCAGAGCCAAGAAGGAGAACGUCACAGUCACAGACGCCGCCUUGCAGCCGCCGGCCGUACAGCAAAACCCCAUUGUUAACGGCAAUGACGACGACGAUGACGGCGAGCGCACGGAAGAGGAGGACGACGCUGCCGCAGCGCCGUCGGCGAAGCGUCGGCGUUGCCAUUAUUUGACGGGGGCGGAGGUGGACGAGAUUCUGGAGAAUCUGUUUGUCCGUCAGCAGAGCUUCUUUCGGGAGCUUCUGGAUACCAUGGAGCGAAAAGAGCAGAUGCGCGAGCAGAUCCGCCAAGAGAAAGAGGACAGGUGGCGUGCGGAGGAGCGCGCUCACAGAUGCACACUGAAUAACGCCAUGGUGCUUCUCACGCGGAAGCUUCUUCAGCAGCAGCAGCAGCAGCAGAGCGCCGCCGAGGCGCCGCCGGUGACGCAGGCAGCCGCCAUGGGUAUGGGUAUCGGGCGCGCAGGUUCGAAUCCGAAGAAGAGGUCGAAGAAUUGGAAGAGGGCGGAGGUUUUGCGGCUGAUAAAGUUCAGGGGGGAGAUGGAGGCGCGGUUCGUUAGAUCGAGCCGUCGCGCCGCCCUUUGGGAGGAAGUUGCGGAAAUGUUAGCGAGGGAGGGCAUUCGACGGGACGGGAAACAGUGCAGGGAGAAGUGGGACAAACUGGUGGCGGAGUACAAAGAAGUGGCGGAGGGGAAAAGGGAGCAGCGGGACAGCCCUUAUUUCCAAGAGUUGACCGCCAUUCUGCGCCCGCCUGCUGACGUGGCGCUCCAUCAACAGGAGGACCAACAGCAAAUGGACAUUCUUUGACCUCGCGCUUCUGUAUAUUUUGUGUACAUAUGAAAACCUAGUUUAGUUUAUUUUUUCAAUACAUCUUGUUUAAGCGACCUUUGCCUUGUAUAAUUUCCUUCCUGCAAAGGCGUUUGCUUUGUUGGGUAGGUAGGAGGUAUCUUGUUUCAUGACUUUGGAUACAUACAAUCGUAUUUAUACCUUUUUUUCUCUUUA